CAGUUUUGGAACCAACUUCACAUGCCAGUCCAUGUUUUAAGAACUUCCAAAACAGCACUGUUCCAAAUGCUUCCUGUGCUGAAAGUGCUAUUACAAAGAAAAGAACUUCACUCUGGGGAUAUCUCAGCUUUGGAAUAUUUCUCCUGAAGAGAUUCAGCAAAAUAUCAGCAGCAUGGAAGCUUUCAGGAUUUGGUUUAUUCUGGCUGUACUUUGCAAUUUUUGUGAAAGAAUUACACCAUGUGGUCUGUCAACACAUAUUGAAAUAGCUCAUAGAGCGCUAGAAUUUUUCAGCCAGCAAGAUGAAGGAGUUGACUAUCGUAAGUUAAUACUAGCUCACCAAGAUGCAUAUCAAGCAGGAAGUCUAUAUCCUGAUGCUUUUUAUCCUGUCAUCUGCAGAAAUGGGUUGUUCCAUUCUGUUUCUGAAGACACUCACUGGUCACCUUUUCUCAACACAAGUAUCCAUUACAUCAGAAAGAACUAUCCUCAGCCAUGGGAAGAGGCUACAGAGAAGUUGGUGGCUUUUCUCUUUGGGAUUGCCUCCCACAUGGUGGCAGAUGUGAGCUGGCACAGCUUGGGGAUUGAACAGGGAUUUCUACGGGCCAUGGCAGCUAUUGAUUUUCAUGGGUCAUAUUCAGAAGCUCAUUCUGCUGGUGAUUUUGGAGGAGAUGUGUUAAGCCAAUUUGAACUUAAUUUUGAUUAUUUGAAAUCAAGCUGGUAUGUACCUGUUAAAGAUUUACUGUCAAUCUAUGAGGAUUAUUAUGGAAAGAAGGUGAUAACUGAAAAUACUAUUGUUGACUGCACAUACUUGCAACUUCUUGAAUUAUGUGGCGAGCUCAUCUCUGUUGCCAAGCUUUACCCCAUAUAUGCCAAGAAGUCCCCAUUUUUAGUGGACAAGUUUUAUGACUAUUUCCUUGGUGGAGUGGAUGAUAUGGCAUUCUCAUCGAAUAAUAUUUUACAAUUAACCAGUUGGAUGUUAAACUAUGGGACUAGUGAUUGCUUUAUUCCUGAGAAUCCUUUGUAUAUACGGUGUGAACAGAGAAACUUUCUGAUGUUUAAAAAAUCCAGAACUCAGCACCACAGGAAGAUAACUUCUGAAGUGGCCAAAGCAGUUGAAAAGAAUAUCAGUUAUACAGAAAGAGGAGUUUAUUUAGAAGUUCCUCAGUGGACAAUGAAUUAUCUUCAGUUCCAGAAUAGUGACACAGCAAAGAAUUUGAUGAAUGUGCUGGCAUUCACACAGCAACGCUCAUCUAAAUACAUCACCAAGCCCAGUGCUUCAUAUUUUCUGAAAACUCCAUAUGCAAAACUUGGAUCGGCUAUGACUUCAGCUGACCUAAACCAGGAUGGAUACGAUGACCUGGUAGUUGGAGCACCAGGUUAUAGCCUGCUUGGACACUUUCAGUUGGGACGUGUGUAUAUUGUUUAUGGUAAUAAAUUGGGUUUGCCUCAUUCCAACCUGAACCUUGAUCAAGAAGCAGAUGAAAUACUAGAAGGCCUUAAGCCUUCAGGAAGGUUUGGUUCUGCAGUAGCAAUUUUGGAUUUCAAUGAGGAUGGAAUAUUGGAUCUUGCAGUAGGAGCCCCAUCUGUAGGAUCCCAGGAGCUUAGUUACGGGGGUUCUGUAUACAUAUUUCUUGGCAACAAAGGAGGAGGUUUCUGCAGCCUUCCAAAUAUUACCAUAGUUUGUCAGGAAGUAUAUUGUAAUCUAGGCUGGUCCCUGCUGACAGCUGAUGUUGACAGGAAUGGAAAUAAUGACCUUGUGCUUGCUUCUCCAUAUGCACCUGCUGGUGGAAAACAAAGAGGAUUUGUGGCUUCUUUUUAUUCUUUCUUUGACAGAAGCAGGCAAAACCUGCUCUUUGUAUCAGAUGCUGACUGGAUGGUAAAAGGAGAAACAGAUUAUGCUUGGUUUGGGUCAUCACUCAGCAGUGUCCAGCUCCCAAAUAAGACCUUGCUGCUUAUUGGUAGUCCUUUUGGGAGAAAUUGUACAAGCCUAGGCUGCUCUUUCUCCCAACAUAACAAGCAAGCUGUUGGAAGGGUAUAUGGCUAUAUCCCACCAAACACAAAAAGCUGGUUUACCUUAAAUGGGGAUGAGGAAAAUGGGAAAUUUGGCUCAGCUUUGGCAACUGGUAUCCUUUCUGUAGAGGGAAUCUCCAAGCAAGUACUGGUAGUUGGUGCACCAACACAAGACAGCACCUCCAGGAUUUCAUUUAUAUCCACAGUGCUACACCAAGCAGGAACUGUUUUGAUAUAUGAUUUGAUGGGAAAUGCCGAGCCUUCCUUACUCAGCACAUUCAAUGGAGACAGGAGAUUUUCACGCUUUGGGGAAGAUGUGCACUUACAGGAUCUGAACAACGAUGGACUUGAUGAAAUUAUUGUAACGUCACCUCUUCGAAACAAAAGAAUUAUAGAUGGAUUGUUUGGAGAACAAGCUGGAUAUGUUUACAUAUAUAGUGGAAACCAGACCACCUCAGGUCAUGUGACAGACCACUGCACAUCAUGGGCUUCCCCUUGUCCUGAAGACUGGGCACAGUAUGUCAUAAUUUCUCCAGAGGAAAAAUCAAAAUUUGGGAGUGCUGUUCUUACAAUAAAAACUGGAGAAAAGAAUGAAGUUGUUGUAGCUGCUGAAAGAAGUUCAACUGAAGCCCGGCUUGGUGGAAGGAUUUUUCUUUACACCUUCUGAUUACCAUCCUGUAUCUCAAAGAAUCUCUUCAAUGGAUUAAUCCCCAAUUUCAUGCACCAGUAAUUCCUGAAAACAGAACAGCAUAACAAACCUGCUCCUGGUUUAGCAUACGAACAAUACUAAUCUUUUAAGAAGUUAAUCAUGUAUCUUAAAAUUAGUAUAUUUUCUUUUAGAUGUUCAUGUUAAAUGGAAUGAUGAGUGGAAGAUUUUCAUCAGCUAUUUGCAUGAGAACAGAUGCAUAGUCUUAUUUUUAAAAUAUUUAUUCCAACAGAUUCUGAUUUAGUACACUGGAGAAGAAAGCCUAAAGGAAUCCCGAAUGUCAAGUUAUAUAAAAACAGCAUCAAUAAAACACAUUUUCUUUUUACGUCUAUUAUUAUAACUUUUGUUGUUGUUCAGUCGUUAAGUCGUGUCCGACUCUUUG